AUGGCCUCCGCACCCGCCAAGAAGGAGUUUUUGUGUAUUUUGCCCGAUAAGCCGGGUGUUGUGGAGAAGAGGUUGGAGGUUAGAGGGGCUCAUUUGGAGAAUGUCAAGCCGCUCGUUGAGCAGGGAUCUGUUGUUAUUGGUGGAGCUACAUUCGACCACCACCCCACCGGAGGCGAAACUCCCGCUUUCAAUGGAAGUAUGCUCAUCGUCGUGGUGGAAAAUGAGGAGCAGGUGUGGGAGAUUUUGAAGAAUGAUGUUUACGUUAAGAAUGGAGUGUGGGAUUUGGAGAGGGCGCAGAUUAUUCCGUUUAAAUCCGCUGUGAGAACCGCUUUGUAG